AUGGCCCUGACAGCCCCUUUGCUGUGCUCGUCCAUGCUAAACUUUGCACAUGCAAAUAUGGAAGAAAUCUGGGCAGAUGCCUGCUAUGUUGGUGGGUACCGGUUAAGAAAUGCAGCCAAGCGGCUUCUGUUACUUUUCUCCCUGCUGGCGGUUAUUUGCGAGGAGGUUGUCGAGAACCCCCUGAGGUGCGGCGGCCUUUACUUCUUUGAGUUCACGAGCUGCAGCGCGCUGCUGCUGAGCCUCCUGGCCCUCUGCCUGUACUGCACGGCUGCGUACGAACGGUUUGGGAAGGAAAACGUGGAGAGAGUGAAUUUUUAUGCUAUGCCAUGCAUAGGUGGCAUAUUUCUGUUAGCUUCAGUAGUGUUUGCUGCAACCAGCUCUGGAUCUCAUUUAGAAAAUGCUGCAUGUGCAUUUGGAUUUCUUGCAAGUAUUGCAUUUUUAGCAGAAGGGGUUAUGAAUUAUUUGGAUAAACGGAAACAAGCCACUGAAAGUCGUUCUGAAAAUCCUGCCCACAUUCAGACUGUCACAGAAAGUCAGCCACUGAAUAAGUAAAGCUAAACUUGGCGGUUAUUUUUCUCAUCAAGCAAACUAAAAAGAGGUUUCUGUGCACUGUAAAUAACUUACUCUCUCUUUUCCUUCUAAUCAAUUUUGUAGGCAUUGCUCACAAGUUUUGAUCGAUCUUUCGGUCUAGCAAUGGUGUUUUGGCAUCAUGUUCUAUAUAAUUCUGGAGGUAACUGGUCCUGCUUAA